AUGAUUUCAAGGUCAAUUAUUAGAAACUCAAGAAAUUUACUUAGGUCACGAUCAAACACUAUUGCUAGACAAUCAAUACCUGCACUUUCACACUUGUCACCAAUAACUGCAUCUUCAAUCAUACCCACAACCACUCCUAACGCCACAUUAUUCAAGAGAUCAUACCACGAAAAGGUUAUUGACCAUUAUGAAAACCCAAGAAAUGUUGGUACUUUAAACAAGAAUGACUCCGAUGUCGGUACUGGUUUAGUUGGUGCACCAGCAUGUGGUGAUGUUAUGAGAUUGCAAAUCAAAGUUGAUGAGAAGACUGGUAAAAUUGAAGAUGUCAAAUUCAAGACUUUUGGUUGCGGCUCAGCAAUUGCCAGUAGUUCAUACGCUACUGAAUUGGUCAAGGGUAAGACCUUGGAAGAAGCAUUGGCUAUUAAAAACACUUUUAUUGCCCAAGAAUUGUCUUUGCCACCAGUCAAAUUGCAUUGCUCAAUGUUGGCUGAAGAUGCUAUCAAGUCAGCCGUCAAGGACUACAGAUCUAAGAGAUUGGUUAAGAAGCCAACUUUGGGUCCAGAAGCCGCUGCUACUGAAUCAGCAACUGCUAAUGUAACCGCUUAA